AAUGUGUGUAGAAGGGGAAUGGAAUGCCAUUAUUAUCAAGUUUGUUGCUUUUAUUUUCACGUUUACAGAUAAAAGUCAAACACAACUAAACACACACAGAAAUGGAGAGAGAAAAGAGUGAAGUGAAAACAUCAAAGUUUAAGACGAUUUGUGUUUUCUGUGGGAGCAGUCAAGGCAAGAAAGCAAGCUACCAAGACGCCGCCAUUGAGCUCGGCAAUGUCUUCGUCUCAAGGAGCAUUGAUUUGGUGUAUGGAGGUGGCAGCAUAGGCCUAAUGGGGCUGGUUUCUCAAGCCGUUCACGACGGCGGCCGCCACGUCACCGGAGUGAUUCCCAAGACCCUCAUGCCUCAAGAGUUAACUGGACAAACAGUAGGGAAAGUGAAGGCAGUUGCAGAUAUGCAUCAAAGGAAAGCAGAAAUGGCUAAGCAUUCAGAUGCUUUUAUUGCUUUACCAGGUGGUUAUGGGACUCUAGAGGAACUGCUUGAAGUCAUAACAUGGGCUCAGCUCGGGAUCCAUGAUAAGCCGGUAGGUUUGCUGAACGUAGACGGAUACUACAACUCGUUGCUCACGUUCAUCGACACCGCAGUCGAGGAGGGCUUCAUCAGCCCCAACGCUCGCCACAUCAUCGUGUCUGCACCGACACCCAAAGAGCUUGUCAAGAAGCUAGAGGAAUACGUGCCUCGACACGAACGAGUCGCUUCGAAACUGAGCUGGGAGAGGGAGCAGCAGCUUGGCUACUCCCAAAAUUGUGAUAUUUCUAGAUGACUUCUUCUCACUACAAAUUUUCAAUAGACCAUGGAAGAAGAAGAAGCUAACUUGGAGUUUUCACAAUUUUUUUUGUUUAAGGGUAUUUAUGUAAAUAUGUAUGGGAUUAAGAUCUACAUACCUUUAUUAUCUGCUUUCCAUUGCAAAUGGAAAUUUAAUUAGUUGAAGUAAUUGUAACUAAUAGUAUGAAAUUGUGCAAGACUCCAUCUAAUGUCAUCUCACUUUCUACUUACAUUUA